GAAACAUGAAGACAGUAAUAAAGACGAAAAACUGAGAGAAAAUAAAGGGAGAAAGAAGUCACGACAUCAUUUCUUGGUGCGGAAGAGGAGGAAGACAAGGGAGUAGCAAUUCUCUGGCCCUUCUGCCGAAACCCUCGUCGGUUCAUCUCCGUCUCCCUUUCUCUCUCCUUCACUAUCGCUGAGUCGGGCUCGAUUCUCCUAACAAACGAGGCGAGCUGCUGCAACGCCUGAUCUCCAUCGCGGGAAUCGCGAUCUCGGGAGGGCAGGGAUUUUGGAUGCACAAGCCGAUCUUGAAGCCGAAGCUUUCGCUGGAAUUCAGCUUGGAACAUGACCGGUAAUGGAGGAGGCGAGGACGGCACGGCAGCGUCCUCCUCGGCGUCGCCGCCGCUUGAUUGGAAAUUCUCUCAGGUCUUUGGCGAGCGAACCGCCGGCGAAGAAGUUCAGGAAGUUGACAUUAUUUCUGCAAUUGAAUUUGAUAAAUCUGGAGACCAUCUUGCCACUGGAGACAGAGGAGGGCGUGUGGUUUUAUUCGAGAGGACAGAUCUUAAGGAGCAUGGUUCUAGAAGGGAUCUUGAGAGGCAAGAUUAUGUAAUUAGCAGGCAUCCUGAAUUUCGAUACAAAACAGAAUUUCAGAGUCAUGAACCUGAGUUUGACUACCUGAAAAGCUUGGAAAUAGAAGAGAAAAUCAACAAAAUCAGGUGGUGCCAAACUUCUAACAGCGCAUUGUUUCUUCUGUCAACUAAUGACAAAACUAUCAAGUUUUGGAAGGUGCAAGAGAAGAAAGUCAAGAGAAUUUCUGAGAUGAAUGUGGAUCCUUCACAAGCUGCUGGAAAUGGUAACAUUUCUAGCUCAAAUACAUCUAGUCCAAGGGUGUACCUCCCAAAUGGUGCGUGUUCUGAAGUUCCAUACAAGAAUCUGAGCCAUGACAUCAACAUUCCUCCUGGAGGGUUUCCUACAUUGCGUCUUCCUGUGGUGGUACCUAGCCAAGAAACAAGCCUUCUGGCCAGAUGUCGAAGAGUAUAUACUCAUGCUCAUGAUUAUCACAUUAAUUCUAUUUCUAAUAACAGUGAUGGCGAGACAUUCAUUUCAGCUGAUGAUUUGCGCAUAAAUCUUUGGAAUCUGGAAAUUAGUAACCAGAGUUUUAAUAUUGUUGAUGUCAAGCCUGCAAAUAUGGAGGAUCUAACUGAGGUUAUAACAUCAGCUGAGUUUCAUCCUAUGCAAUGUAACACGCUAGCAUAUAGUAGCUCUAAGGGCUCGAUAAGGCUUAUUGAUUUGAGGCAAUCAGCUUUAUGUGAUAAUCACUCCAAGUUGUUUGAGGAGCGUGAGACACCUGGGUCAAGGUCCUUUUUCACCGAGAUCAUUGCUUCAAUUUCUGAUAUUAAAUUUUCAAAAUAUGGACGACAUAUUCUGAGCCGUGAUUACAUGACCCUUAAGCUGUGGGACAUAAACAUGGAUUCCGGUCCAGUCGCAACUUUCCAGGUCCACGAGUAUUUGAGGCCUAAGCUUUGUGAUUUAUAUGAAAAUGAUUCGAUCUUUGAUAAAUUUGAGUGCUGCCUGAGUGGAGAUGGGCUUCGGUUAGCUACUGGUUCAUAUAGCAAUCUUUUCCGUGUUUUUGGUUGUGCUUCCGGAAGCACUGAGGCAACAACUUUAGAAGCUUGCAAGAAUCCUAUGAGGAGGCAAGUACAAACACCUGCAAGGCCUGCAAGAUCUCUUAGCAGUCUAACUCGCGUUGUUAGAAGAGGAGCCGAAAGCCCCAGUGUUGAUGCCAACGGAAACUCCUACGAUUUCACUACAAAGCUACUCCAUCUAGCUUGGCAUCCAUCUGAAAAUUCAAUUGCCUGUGCUGCUGCAAACAGCCUGUACAUGUAUUAUGCAUAGCGAUGAUGGAUCUGGAUCAACAACAAUAUAUUACAUUCGGUCAGAAUUUUUUUGUUGGGAAACAAAGUCAUUUGCUUCUUCAUGUAGCUGCAAGGAGCUGCACGAGGGUUUGUUUCAUCAUUAGAUGUUGACACUUGUUUCAUAAUGCGGCGGGGCCGGACGAGACUGCCGGAAUCCAAGCGGAAGUUUAACCGCCUCUUGUUCCCUGGACGGCGGCGGCUUCAUUCUAAUUAUUCGUUUUCCAUUUUCCAUUUACCAAGGUGAGAGAGAUUGAAAAAAAGAACCAAAAUCUUCAUUGUGUUUCUUCCUUUAGGUCCCAAGAUGUGAUUUUAGCUCUUCAAAUGCUCUGCUCAGGAAGCUCACCUGACUCUGAUGCCCUCCCCGAAGAGGUUGUGCUGUAUUUUACCUUCUGAAAUUUCUGAAUUUGGCUAUCAUUAUUAUAAUUCAUACCUUCAGUUUUAUAACUCUUUAAUCAAAACUUCAGUGCAUCUUUCUUCUUCUUGAAUAAUUUUGAAUUAAAUUGCUAAUUAUAAGA